AUGAAUCUUGAACACCACAGAUUGGAAGGAAAGCUGGCACUGAUCACAGGUGGGUCUAGCGGCAUUGGAUGCUACACAGCCAAGGUAUUCUGUCAACACGGCGCCAAAGUCAUGAUCGCCGACAUCCAAGACGAUCUUGGCUAUUCCGUUUGCAGAGACUUAGGUCCAACUCAUGCCUCAUUCAUCCAUUGUGAUGUUACAAAUGAAAUAGAUGUCAAAAAUGCCAUUGACAAGUCUGUUGCAAAGCAUGGCAAGCUUGACAUAAUGUUCAACAAUGCAGGCAUCGUAGGAAGUAUAAAACCCAACAUUCUUGACAAUGACAAGACUGUAUUUGAGAAAGUUCUUCGUACAAACGUAGUAGGUGCAUUUUUGGGCACCAAACACGCAGCUCGUGUGAUGAUACCAGCCGGUCGUGGAACCAUAAUCAACACGGCUAGCAUUUGUUCUGUAAUUGGAGGGGUUUCUACACAUGAUUAUACAUGUUCCAAGCAUGCAUUGUUUGGGCUCACCAAGAACACCGCGGUCGAAUUAGGAAAGUUUGGCAUUCGUGUUAAUUGUGUAUCACCUUAUGUUGUUCUAACGGAAAUGAUAAUGAAAAAUAUUGACGAUGAAUCAUUCAAAAAUAUAUAUGCAAACGCCAAAGGGGUCUCUCUCAAGCCGGAGGAUGUAGCCAGAGCUAUUCUGUAUUUAGCAAGUGAUGAGUCCAAGUACGUGAGUGGCCACAAUUUGAUCAUUGAUGGAGGUUUUACUGUUGUAAAUCAAGCUCUUUCAAUGUUCAAUGAAUAAAGCUCGUCCUAUUAUUAAUUAAUUAUUAUU